ACUGAAGUCAAUAAUAUGUCAAUAAUCAGCUGGUAGCUGAAAGAUCGUUUUUACAAUAUUUUUAUCAAAGUAUCUUAACGCGUGCUGAAUAAUAUUUAUUAUUCAAUAAUAGGAAACAUUAAUUUUAAAUAAUGGCAAAAAAAACAGUGUUCUAAUUAUUAUAUUUUUAUUUAUCAGGGCUCCUAUAUUUAUAAAGGUAUAUUGUAAAGAUGUAUGAAAGUCCUGUUUCUUUAGAAGAAACUUGCUUAGAUGUUAUUUGCCAUAAUAUUUUGACUUAUAUUGAACCCCAAAUUCAAACAGAAGAUGGGUGGACAAGUGCCGUCGAAGGCAGUGAUUGUUAUGAUGAUGAACGCAGCGAUAAAAGAUACAAAUUUAGAGAUUCACAUAUAUUUCUUAUAAACAAGAUAUCUGAAAAGUUAAUGGCCAAAAUGAUGGAAAAACGAAUUUUAUGUGACGCAACUCUUAAUAUAUUUACUGAGCAUAAUACAAUAUUGAAAGUAGUAAAAAUAAGAAAUUGUAAAGUUACUAAAUGCGGUCUUCAGGUCCUUAAACAACAUAAAAUAACUGAUUUAGAAAUAGUUAAUGUGAAGAACAUUAGCAUUGGUGAUAUUUUAGAUUGUUUAGGAGAAUGGAGUAUACAGAAUAUAGUAAAUGCAAACUUUUCUAAAUGUACUUUUAUUAACGCAUUUAGAUACAGUUUUAUGGUGAAAAUCACUAGUUUAAAACAUUUAAGAGUUCUUAAUCUUUCUCAAACCGAGUUAAACCAAGCAACAUUUCAAUUAAUUUGUGAAGAUUUAAAACAUCUAGAAAAUUUAGAUAUUUCUUGUACGCAAGUUACAGAUUUGAGUCCUCUUGCUUUACUUGGCGAAACAUUAAUAGCACUUUCAAUAUGUAACCUUGUUAAUGCAAUAGAUACUAUAAUAGAAACUUUAAUGCAACUGGCUAAUCUAAAGUUUUUCGAUAUGAGUAUAUACAAUGAAAAGUUGGAUGCUCACAAAUUGGAUACUCCAAUUAUAUUGCAGUUAUUAGAAAUAGAUGGAUUAAUACCUAAUAUCGUUUCUUUAGACAUAUCUGGGUGGAAAAAACAUUGUUUGAUGCAAUCACUGUUGAAGUUCAUCCAUAAUCAUAUAAAACUUGAAUUUUUAGGCAUAGUUUUAAAUGAUGUAACAUUUGAUCCAGCAUUCUGUGAUCCUAAGUCUCCAGAUUAUGUUCAUCAUCUUAAGAUAGCAGGUCUAGGAAAUGAAAGCCAAAUCAAAGUUACAUUACAAUAUUACAAAGAGAGAUCAAGUUACGUUCAAAAAGCUUUAUAUCACUUGUUUCAGUUAACUAGUUCAUUUGGUGAAGCAAGACCUGAUGUUUUUAAAUUGGUAUUACCAGUAAUGGCUGCUCAUUCUAGUAGAUUUGGUGUUCAAAUGGCAGCAACAGCUUGCUUGUACAAUUUAACAAGAGGAGAUUUAAGCAAGAACAUACAUCCGAAAUCUCUCAGUAAAGGAGUUGAUUUAACUUUAAUGGCAAUGGAAACAUUUCCAGACGAGUUUCAGUUACAAAAAAAUUCAUUACUUACUUUAUGUAGUGAUAGAAUUUUACAAGAAGUUAAUUUUGACAGAUAUAGAUGUGCAAGGCUAGUACUUGAUGCCCUUUGUGGCUUUGAGGAUAUGAACAUGGACAGAAUGGCCGUUGCAAUUUGUAGCAUUUUAGCAUCAAAAGUGUCCACAGAAGAAACUUCAGACUUAGGGGCCCGUCCAGUCUACAUGCGCAAACUGCUUGCCAUAGUUCAAAGUAAGACCGAUUCUGGGAUAGCUGAUAUCACUUUAAAAUUCACACUUAGUGCUUUAUGGAAUCUGACUGACGAAAGUGCGGCUACAUGCGCCGUAUUCUUGGAACAAAAUGGCGUCACUUUAUUUUUGAAUGUACUUAAAGUUUUCAGUAACAACGCUCAAAUCGAAACUAAAGUUUUAGGACUCCUUAAUAAUAUUGCCGAAGUCAUUAAAUUACGUCAUAAUCUGAUUAAUGACGCAUUGAUAAAUGAGCUUUCCCGCCUUUUAAAAUCGGAAAAUAUCGAUGUAAGUUAUUUUGCCGCUGGAAUUAUUGCUCAUCUCACUUCAGACGGUGAUGUUGCGUGGAAGGUCUCAAGCCAUCCUAGAACUGAUAUGUUAAUAGAAUUAGCAGAAGUAGUAUCUCAUUGGAAAAUACCUGACAGUGAAAUGGUGGCUUAUAGGAGCUUUAAACCUUUUUUUCCCCUUUUAAGAGUCGAUAUGGAUUAUCAAGUUCAACUAUGGGCUGUAUGGGCUAUUCAUCAUGUUUGCACUAAAAAUCCAAAGCGAUACUGCCAAAUGAUGUUUGAAGAACGAGGUCAUGUAUUGUUAAAUGACCUCUUAAGUUUUGGCGAAUCCCAUUUUGAAAUUAAAAACGUUAGUCGUAAAAUUUUGGAUACAUUACGGCAACAUAAUAUUCAAGUUUGAAAGCUAUACACUGUGAUGUUUUAUUUUAAAUAGUAUAUUUUAUUUUUAACAGUAUACGUAUUAUGUAUAUGUUUACAAAAAAAACUAGAAAGCAUUUCUGUUAUAAAAAUCAUUAGUUAUCAUUAAAUAUAUAUAUAACAAAGAUAUAUAAGAGAAUAAAAAUGUUGUUUGAAAGAAUUUAA